UCAGACCUGCACCUCCUCACACCCCCACCCACAUACUGGUCCAGUAUAAAGACUGCAGCCCAUCCUCAGCCUCUGCUCUCUGGACUUCUGCCUGCACUCGCACAACAGUUUAACAGACAGGUGACGAUGACUGACCUGGAGACCUCGAUGGCCACCAUCCUCGCUGUGUUUCAGAAGUAUUCGGAGAGAGAAGGAGACAAACAUAAACUGAAGAAGAGCGAGCUGAAGGACCUGCUUCAUGACGAGCUCCCAGAUCUGAUGGCGCAUGUGAAUGACCAGGCUGCGCUGGACAGCCUGAUGGACAGCCUGGACACCGACGGCGACGCCGAGUGCAACUUUCAGGAGUUCAUGACAUUCAUCUCCGUAGUUACCGUCUGUUGCCACGAGUUUUUCAAGGACGAGCACGAAUAAGGAGGUGGCAGCGGGCGGGAAGACAAAGGGGAGCCACAGUACAUUAUAAAGAAGCAGAAGCCUAGCAACGCACAAACUGUCGAUGCCCUCACAGCAGCGCAGGGUGGAGGAAACACAAUCCAGCCACCAGCCACCAUUACGUGGCUGGUGGCUGGUAAAAAGCUCCAGUCUAGUGUCUGAAAUCAGCCUCGUUUGUGUUUUCAUUUCUAGAUGGCAUGUAAAGUCUUCAAAAUGGCGGCAAAGAUUGGUACAAAAGGAGGAACUAAAGUAGCUCAAGCAGAACAAAUCUUAAAAGUGUUUCACUAUAUGUUUGGCCACCAAAGCCAACCAUUUAUCAAUCAAUACAUGUUACACCUUUAUUCACGUACUCUUUAUCAUUUCCCAUCACUUUGUAUAAGUAAAGGCUUUGUAUAUGUUACAGGUUUUGGAGAAUGGCUGCUACAUUUGGCUGCUGUUCUAGCAGUGAAAUUAUAAAAGUUGUUUAUAUACUACAUCAUGGACUGCUAAAUCAAUCUUACAGCCACAAACCGUCAGUUUGGGACUUUGCAUGUAAAACCCUGAAUGACCAUAUCAAGUUAACCGCUUUAGGAGUCAAAUAACUAACUAAAGAGCCCCCUUUAGGCAGUUAUUUGACUAAAUGAAAUAUUGACUAUCAAAUAUUGAAAGCAACGUUAAGGUUUGAUGUCAUAUAAUAAAUUAACUAACUGGCUAGUAAAAGUUUCAAAAUGACUUGUGGGUCCUUUGUUAAAUUGAUCAUUAGGGGCAUUAAAUAAGUAACAGUAUUUGGUUGCUUUAGUCGUAGUAUAAGUAGUAUGUCAGACAAAUGAUGACAAACACAAAGUUCUUCAAUACGGCUUUUAAAAGAAUGUUUUUCAAACUACAAACUGCCUGAAGGGCUCUGUUUUGAUAGUGGCUUGCAGCUCAGUACUUCACAGUAUCAUAGUUUGGAAAUAUAUGUUGUAAGCUGAGCUUUAUAUUAAAAGCUCCUGAAUAGCUAGUGAAUAGGUUUGUUCAGACAGUGAUGAAUCUUAAAAAUCUUUAAUACUAAACUAAGAAAGUAGCUAAUAAGUUAGUUCAGUCUAGCAGCCACAAGAAUGCAUCCAUGGUUUAAAAAAUCUAUCUGAAUAUCACUUUUUGAAAAUAUUUGCAGUUUGCAUUGUGGGCUAGUCAGUUACUAAGAGACUAACAGUCAUUUAAGAUUUUGCAUGUGAGAUUCUGGAUAGUCAGUAAGUUGAGAAAGUUGACUUAAAGUUAGAUAACUCAGCUAUUUUAGGAGCCAAAUAAUUGUGUAAAGGGGGGAAAUAUUGCAGAUAGUGAAACUUUAAAAGAGGGAAGUGAGGCAUGAGGGGGAGAAAAGUUAGCUAGUAAAAGUUUUAAAAAUGGCUUGUGAGUAUGAGCUAUUCUAACACCUCGUUUGUUAACUUUAACUGUAUAGCAGUUGGGGGAAAAGUACCUGGUAAGUUGGACUUCAUUUUAAAAGCACUUAAACAGCAGAUGGGUUUGGGAUUUGUUUGCCGAGCUCAAUCCAUUCCUGAAAAUUGAAUAAAGCGCUGAAACUGAAAAAGUUUCAUAGCUUUAGGAAUCAAUCAAGAAUCUGAAGAACACUAUUGGUUUGUUUUUAAUCUUACAUACUAUCAUAGUUUGAAUUUGGUUUGUGGACUUGUUAAAAUUCACAACAUAGUGAUUUGGAGAUAAAUAUAAAAUAGCAAAUACUGAAUGCAGCAAUUUAGGCACACAAAAAAAAUAUUUCAUUGGCUUGUAAAAGGUUCAGUUUGGCUAGAGAGUUUAAAGUGUUCUAGCUCCUCCGUUGUUAAACUCAAAUUACUUAGAGACUUCACAGGUGUUGAAAAGCGCCUAAAAAGGAUUUUAUCGUCUAGUUCUUUUAAUAUUUGUCUUCUGAAUCAUUCCUUACAUUUUUAAAAUUCGACAAAGCCACUAAACUGAUAAAGUGGCUGGCAAGUUAAAAUGAAUUAAAAAAUGAAUAUCAAAUUUUAAAAGUAAAUUUUAGGUUUGUGUAAAGUUGCUAUAGUCAUCUUUUGGAGACACUUUAAUGAGUUUAUUAGGUCAAAAGUCAUCAAUGGCCACUAAAUCUUGAGAAAGUUGCUUAAAUGCGAAUCAACAUUAAGCAUAUUCUUAAAUCGAUUUCAUUUAUGAAACUGCGUAUACCAUCAAACAUAUUCACAAAGACAGUAGGAGCUUUAAAUCUUAUUUGAUUGGCAAUGCAAAGAUUUGAUUUUAUUUAUUUUUUGGUGCUUUGUCCCACUGUAGCUGCUGCUUUGCUUAACCCCUGAUAUUGUCGACUUGUUUUUUCUUGUUAGAAAAAAAAAUGCUGGUAGUUUUCUGUCUAAUUAUUCUUUUUUUCAUUUGCUCUCAAAAUCUCUAAAUCUGAAAAAUGGCUAUUAAGAUAAUGAAAUUCAAACAGUCUAUCCCUCUUAAAGGUCUAAACGGCUAUCAGAUUUUAAAAUUCAACUUUUAAUUGGCUCAUAAAGACACUCAAAAAUGGCUUGUGAGUUUUCAUUUAGACGUCACAUUGGAAACCUCUUUCAAUAGUUUGAAGUCAGAGUGUUUAAUAAAACUGUAGAUUGUACAUGUUUUAUGUGUUAUUUACAUCUACGUUUAUUUGAUGUUUUGGUAAAAAUUACAUCGAGGUCAAAAUGGUUAAAAUGACUAAUACGUAUCUUAAAAUAGUUGCUGGUAGGCAAGUAAUUAAAAUUACUUUUAACUGACUUUAAAUGUUAGCUUGUAGUUGCUUUAGCUCUUUGUAGGUUUACAUGUAUUCAGCAUGAGAAGCAAAUCUAAAUCAUUAUAGAUGUAGAAAUGAUCAGUUAAGCAGUGCAACAGAAGAGUUUGUCGGAUGUGCAUCAUGACAUGUUGAAUGUUGGGUUGUUUGGACGUUGGUGAUACGAAUUUAAUUAAAUGGUCAGUUUGUGACUUAGUCAGUCAAUAUUUCUGUAGCGAGGGGACAAAGAAGGCUGUUUAUUCUUAUCUUGGGUGGCUGUCAGAAGAAUUCAGAGACGCACUGCAGUAAUAUUUACAUAGCAGUUCUGCAGAGUUGCUCAACCAUUAAAAGUUCAUAUGUUGUUUUUCUCUGUGGUUUUACUCCUAAUAUAUUUGUGUUAUGCCAAAGUGAGCACGGUGACAAUAACAAAAAAGUAUUCGGAGAGCCCUGACAACGAAAUACUUGUAGCCGUUUAGUUUAACAGUGCUCUUUUAGUGUUUCGAAUGUCACUGGCCUGCAGGUCUUUCCUGUUUAGCAAAGAGGCUAUUCAGGAAAAACUGAAGUUCAGUUUGUCCUUUUAGCACAUUUUUUUAGAAGAUGUUUUUUUAAGGAAAUAUGAGAAGCUUUUUUAAGACUUAUUGAGACCAAUACUGAACUAAAACACAGUGAAAUUUAAAUAAAUACACUAAAUGGUCCAGUGGUUAGUCUUUUCUGAGGCACAGAAAUGUUUAGUAUUUUAUUCCUGUAACUUCACAUUUGCAGCACAAAUAUGACUCAGUGUGAGUCAUAAAAAUUAAGUGGCAUCAGUGGAUAUUUCUCUUUAGAGUGCACCUUAAUCAGCAUGUUUCAUCUUUAUGACAGUUUUUUAAAGCAUCCAUUCAUUUUCUUAAUGGCUCAUCUAUUUACGGUCUCUUAGGUGAUGGAGUCUAUUCAUGCUGAUUUUGGGAUGAUGAUGAGGUACAUGACAGGUCAUCAGAACAUGAAUGGAUUGCUAAACAAGUCCAACAUUUCUUAAAGUUUAAUGGAAAUACUUCAAAUAAUAAAAUAAGAUACAAAUAUGAAGGAGAGUCAGGUGAAGUCCACAACCUCUUUUGAUCAGCAGUUCACAGUUAUAACAGUCCAAGAAAUUCUGGUGAUCUGUACGUGCUCCUUCAAGAACAGCCAUCAAAACUCAUUCAUCACAAGUGUGAGCUUAAAAGAAAAAUACAUCAAACUAAUCAUUCCCUUUAUCAUCGACGGAAGCUGUUUGUUAUUACUAGAGUAAAAAUCGGAUAGCAACAUCCUUGGUACCAAGAAAAACACGGUGCAACAGGGGAUUUGGUUGCCAACUGGUUGUAUUCUGGGUAUAUUCAAAUAAAAAAAUUAGAAUUGUGAA